AUGGCGUUUGAUUCGGCAAAUUAUUGUCCUGUGUGCUGCGCCGCACUAGAUUUCACGCAGUCACAGAAGAAAAAAUGCCAAAUGUGCGAUUGGGGAGUGCUCAUAGACGAAAAAGAGGCGCUCUCAUCAGCCGUUACAAUAGUCAAGCAAGCACAGGUAACUAUUUCCGACGUUUUCGAGAUUUGCUACAGAAGAUUAAGAUAUGUUGAUUAUCGUAUUUAAAUUCUAGUUUUUACGGUGGUUUUUUAUUGCCUUCACCAUCAUGGAAUCAAUUGUAACGCACUCAACUACACGAAAUUUCAGGUAAAGCGAUGGCAGAAGGAGAAUGCAUUUGCAGUACCUAGCGGUACUAAUUACGCGGAAAUUCAAGAAGAGUGCCCACAAUGCGGCAACGAUAGGUUAAUGUUCUGGACACGCCAGACAAGGAGUGCUGAUGAGGGUCAAACGUGCUACUACCAAUGUUCGAAAUGCGACUUUAGAAAAGCGGAAAAUUCAUAAGAAAUCAUUGUGUCGGAACACAGUUGAAGAUUAUAGUUCCACCAUUUGUAAGAUCAUGGACCACAACCACAUGAUAAGCAUCACAUUCACGUAUUCGCUUUCUAGUGCGG